AUGGCUCGGGGGGCCCAGUCGGCCCAGCAGGCCCGAGCGCAGGAGGGCGGGAGCGACGCCGGCCAGAGCGGCACAGCAGCGGCCGCACUGGCGGAUGCCGAGGGGGAGGCCGGCCGAGGCAGCACAGAGAGUGCUGCUCUGCCGGAUGCUGAAGACAAAACCGGCCGAGGCGACACAGAAGACGCCGCCCGGCCGGGAGCCGGGGAUGAUGCCAGCCGAGGCGAUGCAGAUGACGUCACCCGGCCGGGAGAUGGAGGAGAGACUGGCGGGGAUGCGCCGGAACACCCCGCCAGCCAAGCAGAGGGGGAGGUCCUCAUCCCUGAGCCCGCGGGGGCCGGGGAUGAGGGUGCCGCGGCGGCGGCGACGGUGCAGAUGACACCCGUGGUGGAGGUGCUGGUGGAGGAAAUGCCGGCGACAGCGUCACCAGCGAAGUCGACGCCAGGGGCGGGGCGCCAGCGGUGA